AAACAGUGUUGGACAACUGCAAAAACAUGUAGACAGGUUGUCAUACACCACUGGGUGCUUCACUGAAUAGAUCCGAAUGCAAAACAUUUAACACAACACAACACAACGUGGCCCAACCGUGCGAAACCACAUGUUCUAAACUAGGAGGGGCUUGCCGCUAAAGUAACCCGUCAGUCAAAGCAUCAACUUCAAAUGAUAUCUACGGAUCUGCCAGGACCUAUGGGCAGACACAUCAGUUGGAGUUGAAUUGGCGAUCAGAUCGCUUACAGGAAGAUUCUGCAGGCCAGGACAAAAAGAAACGGGAUUUGGAGGCGAUCGGAAGCGAGUUUUUAUUGCUUGUCAUUGUGUCAUUUUCUGAGUUCGCGAAGAUCUCUUCUCAGGAGAUGGCCUUCCCUCAGCUCGGAUACCCUCAGUAUCUAAGUGCGAGCCAGGCUGUUUAUGCUGCCGAUCGGCAGGGAGUGCUGGCUUCUUCCCGAGGAGGAGCCGAGCUUGGGGCUAAUCCCGCCGCUGCUGUAACCUCGGUGUUGGGAAUGUAUGCAAACCCUUACACAGCUCAGAACUACAGCGCCUUCCUUCCCUACACCACCGAUCUCACCAUGUUCUCCCAAAUGGGAUCGCAAUACGAAUUAAAGGAUAAUCCUGGGGUCCAUCCGGCAACGUUCGCAGCCCAUGCGGCUCCUGCUUAUUAUCCCUAUGGACAGUUCCAGUACGGGGAUCCAGCCAGACCCAAGAAUGCAACCCGGGAGAGCACCAGCACGCUCAAGGCCUGGCUCAACGAGCACAGAAAGAACCCCUACCCCACCAAAGGGGAAAAAAUCAUGCUGGCCAUCAUCACCAAGAUGACCCUGACCCAGGUUUCCACUUGGUUCGCCAACGCCAGGAGGAGACUCAAGAAGGAGAAUAAAAUGACCUGGGGCGCCCGGAAUAAGGAAGACGACGGUACACUUUACGGCAGUGACACAGAAGGGGAGAACGAGAAAAAAGAAGAGGAUGAAGAGAUUGACCUAGAGAGUAUCGACAUCGACAAAAUCGACGAAAACGACGAGGAGCAAAGUAAUGGAGAGGAGGAGGAAAAACUUAAUCCCAGUGACGAGAGGGAGAAAGUGGAUUUGGAGAGUGAGCACGAUCGGACUUUGCAAGGGUCUGUUGUUGACAGCAAAGCGAGGGAGACGGACAGAGAUGAUGGAAAUGUUGCCGAUAGUAAUGGCACCAGGGGGAUUUCAUUAGGGCAGGGGAAUUUACUAAUCCCAAAUCACAGCAAACCUAAAAUCUGGUCGUUGGCAGAAACUGCGACCAGUCCAGACAGUGCCCAGAAAUCCUCACCAACUAACCACACUCAGUCAACCAUUCAGCACCCGGCUUUCCUCUCAAACCACGGACUCUACACAUGUCAGAUCAGCAAGUUUCAUAAUUGGACAAACGGUGCUUUCCUGGGCCAGAACUCUUUGCUAAAUGUCAGGUCUUUUCUGGGUGCAAAUCAUCACCACCACCACCACCAUCAGCAGCAACAGUCGGCUGUGCUAACGGCAGCACUGGGAGCAAUGAGCAAUGAAAAAUCAACAGAUAUACACAGUCCAAAACACACAGAAAGAGAUUGUAUUCCAGGUGAAUCUCCAUCACAGCAAUUAAAAAUAUCAUAUCAACCCUUAAACGAAAGCUCACGGCCUCAGCAGGAAGGGACGAGAGUUUUAGCAGGCAUCUCUUCCGUCUGAGAAAGUUUUCCGGAAAACAAUUCAAAGAAAGAAGAACAUGGACAAGAUUUUUUUGUCGGGCAAUGCAAAAACCCUUUCAGAAUCUUGACCAAUAUAUAACGAUUUAUUUGACAUUGUAACAUAUCAGCACGUGUUAUUCUAAUUGUUUUGUUUUCUUGACGCGAUUAUUAUUGGGUUGGUAAUUAUUUUUCCCCACGUCCAAUAUUUUAUGUAUAUAGAGUGAUUAUAAUUGUAAAUAUGCGUGUGAGCAGAACUUGUCAAAAUCAUAUAUUUUUGUCUAAUAAACUAAAAGAUAUUAGAACGAGCUCCCAGUGACACUACAUGGCAAUGACAUUACUUUUCAAAAAAAGGUCUAAUUUCACAGUGUUUUGGAAGGAUGUCACUGCACGUGUGUGUGUGUGUGUGUGUGUGUGUGUGUGUGUGAGGGAGGUAGGUAGGAUGAGGUGUCCGUAGUGGCAGUUUUGUUUUGUUAGUGUUAUCAGGAUAAUUUUACUGAACACAUACUGAUGGCUAACAAAAAAAGGCUGGGAGGCAGAAAAUGAUUCCAAACCAGGCUGAGAACUCAGCAAAGUAAAUGUCUCAGUGUUUAUUCUCCCGGUCCCCUAUGAAACCAAUCAGUGACCUUUAAGGUGCUACUAACUCGACAGAUGGCUGCUCCUGGUGGAAAAGGGGGAGCUCUAUGAAGCAAACAGCUGCUAAAGCAAUUAAAAAAUAAUAUGGGAAGGCUGUGCCCAAACAGGGAGGUGGGGGAGUUAAAAAGACAAGCUCAUCACGUAUCGGAAAUAAUAGCAACUGUGAAAUAAAAUAUUAACAAAGCA